AUGUCUGACCGAUUGGUGUCCGCAAAGACAUCGGCGACGGUCACCGCCAGAGACGACAGCCAAGCGUUGACUUACGAGUCGAUACUCGAGUCGUUUGUCGACCAAAAUUCAUUCAAAUGCCAUUACGACGGGUGCGACAAAAGUCUUCCGACUCAGCGGCGAUUGGAUUUGCAUAUAAGCCGCAGACACGCCGUACAACACGUGCAACCGAUCGGUAACUCCUGCGAUAGCCGGCAGACAGCGCCCGAUGAUAGCCUACAGCGAUGGCCAAUCGCCGCCACAUCACCGCCGCUGUCGACCGCUUCCAGAUCUGAUGACAUGAUUGUCAACACAUCGAUACGCGACCCGAGGCUACGGAACCGGUCAACCAAUGACAUGAUUGCGACUAUAUGUGAGAAUAUGCUACAAAAGCCGUACGUAUUUCCAGUGGUGGCCAACGAUAUCCAAACCACUAUUACGUCAACAAUUAGUGGCACUCCUAGCGGACAGUCAUCGGCGGUGACUAAACCGGUGGCAAAAGUGGUCGCCGGCAGUCACUUAGCGGCCAACACAUGCCAUACGAACACAACUCAAACAAAUACUCACAAACGUCGCCGACGGCGUCGCACACGCCGUGAAGACCUGAAAGUGCGGUCCAAACACCGCAAACAGGACACCAAUGAUCAUCACGUGCUGCACACCCUGUCCUCCGAUGAGGACACCAAUAGUGAUACCGAAGUUGAGAUUAUACCCGACGAUAGUUCAUGCUUUACGUCAACGGUUCCGCCACCGCUUACAACAGCGGACAACCCGUACGUGAUUUUAGAGCCCGUUUUGCUGAGCCAUAAGUGUUUUGAACGCCAGAUAUGUUUUUACACCACAAACAGAGAGUCGGACAGCGAUAUUGAGAUCGUGGCGAUAGUGGACGCGCCCAUCGUUCUGACCACCGGCGGUGCCGAGCAUUUAGGGCCGUCAUCAACGUCACAGACCGUACCUAAUGAGGAGAGACGACUGUCCAUCGCGUCUGACACUACACUACACUAUAGUAGUCCUACGCGAACACCCGUUCCCUCCGAUAUGGAAUUGGAUACCGACGUCGAGGACAGCCCUACGAUAACACCCGUUCCCUCCGACACUGAAAUGGAUGACGACAUCGAAGUCGUCGACGACGAUCUGUUGUACCCGACGGCCGACGAAGACCUGCCUAACGAUGAACCCAUUGAUCCGCUGCUUCCCGACGAAGAUUAUUACCACCGCUUCGACUCAUUGGUGGAACGCGUGGCCGGACUGUUGGGCGCCGACACCACCGCCGCCGCCGACGUAAAGCCAGUGAUUGGCGCUGAAGAUCAUACUUCAUCGACUCAUCUAAACAGUGAUAUAACAUGUGAUAUAAAACUUGAUAUCAACGCCAAUGCCGACAACUCGGCACCCGAUGUGACCACUGAUACCGUCCAUACCGUCAGUUUAGUAUCGGGUGAUUGUGUGCCACAAACUGACCAAACACUUGAGCUUUACGUUAAGCCUAUUAUAACAGAUCCCGGACUACAGACAGUGUCUGACAAGUCAUUGGCCGCCACUUCAAGCGCUCAAACAGAAGGCACGGCUAGUGUUGAACCAGUGAUGGCAGACAUACCGUCGCUGACCGAGAAUGAGACCAACAACACAGCAAACGCAUGCAUAACACCUACCGGUGCUGUCAUUGCAAACAUUGAUUGCCAGACAAUAGCCGCCACUAAUCAUAAAAAUAGUGACACAAAUACUGCCAAAGAAAUGGCUGUCAAUGAAGAGACAGUCGUUGUAAACAGUGGUCAAAAAAGUGGUGGACAAUCGACAGCGACGACCGAUAAGGAGAUCCAGAAGGAAGGGGCGGACAAAAUGGAUCAAUCAGUUUCGGACAUUUCCAGUACAGAGAUUAACUUCACGGCAAUCGCUGACCACAAUAAAAGUGGCGAAGAAGUGGCCAAAGAGUCGGUUCCAGCGAGCGUUAGACCAAAGCGCGGCCCGCGUUUACCGCAGUCUCACUACCGGUCGCGCAACACAACACUGCGGGAAGCGCUUGGCCUGAGUCGGGGCGACGAGCACUACAUGUCAGACAUUAACAGCGAUUCCGACGCCGAUAGCGAUCAGUCAAUGACACCGUUUGACGGUUUACUACUAGACGUGUCUCAACGCAUGGCAUCUAAGGUUACGAGCCCUUCAAAGACAGGCCACCGAUCGUCGCCACACCCGUCGGUCACUCGGUCUCGGAGUUUGACGCCACGCGAUGGCGCUGUGAGCGGUGGUUAUUGCCCGGAAACGCUACCGAUGGCCAAGCAGUACAUAUGUAGAGGUCAUGGAAAAACUUUUGCCAACCGGUAUGAGUUCAAUGAGCACCAGUACAUCGUUCACGGCCUGACCCAUCCAUACCGGUGUGAGUACGACGACGGCCGCGAAACUGAGCGCCGGUGCCGCCGACGCUAUGACCGGGCGUUUGAUUACGUGCGCCAUCAGCGCCACCAUCACUCCCUACGCGUGCCCUACGAGUGCGAGUACAGCGGGUGUGACCAGUAUUUUGAUCACAGGUCGGCCAUCAAAGAGCACAUCCGUAAAGCACAUGGAAAACAGCGGCCGUUUGUCUGCGAUCGGGCCGAUUGUGGCCAGAGUUUCGGCCGCGAGACACAACUCUACGCCCAUAAACGUGACGAUCACACCAAUCACUUCCGGAGCGGCGAUCGCCCGCUCGCCAGCCUUAAAGUAACCGUUUCGUUGGCCUUUUGGUGCGAUUACGAGCGAUGCGGCCAACGAUUUGCCAGUCAGUCGGCCCUCGACGGACACAAUGUGGACAAACAUUCGGGCGAUUAUCACAAACGCGAUGCCAAAGACUGCGGACAAAGUUUUUUCGCCAAAUCGCCGGCGGUGUCUGUCAACUGCCCGGACAAUAGGCCAGCGCUGGACUCGAACCUACCUCUUGGAGACCAAUCGGUGCCUAAACUGAUCUCAACGAUAUGUCAAUACCAAUGCGAUUAUAAUGAGUGCUUCGGAAUGUUUGCCACCGAAGAGAUACUGCAGAAGCAUAAGAAGGCUGUCCAUCAAAAGCACGACCAGUUGUUGACAUCGGCUCAAGAACUCUCCCCCCUUUCCGUUGAUAGCACUACAUCUCAAACACUUCCAGCGCUUUCCAUUGGUAGGGCUGUGUCUGAAGCACUUCCCGGCAUUUCCAGUGAUAUCUCUGUGCCUAACCCUAUGGCCAACACAUCCAAUAAUGAUACAAUCACUGGUGGCGUGCGUUUGUCUGACAUACCUGUGCCCACACCGGCCAACGCCGAGACUAAUAGCCGACUAUGGGAUACACUGUUAGGAGUGGUCACUCAACCGCCGGCUAUGACAGUAACCCUCACCGACACAGACAUCAGUGACGUUAUUAGCGAAACGACUCCAGCGCUCGACACCAUCGCUUCGUCAGCCAGCGUUAAGUUACCCACCGGUCGGUUAAUACCGCCGCCAUUGCCGCCGUCCAGCCUGUUGUCCAUUGGUCUCAGCGUUCCGGUAGUGCAGCCGAUGUCAGUGCUCUCUGACCUGUCGUUAUUCUCAAAGGCAGACUCUCAU